UCCUGCUUCUCCACUAUGGCACUUCGGAUUUCUUGGGCUACUUGCACAUUUAAGAAAAGAAACACCUCCUGGAUCAGACAUCUUUGGGGAUGUACAGAAGCUUUUCCAUGCUGGACAGGACUUCCAAGCCCUCAGAGUUCCUGGGCAGGGCAGCCAUAGCCGGAAGUGGCUCUCAGACUUCCGCUUCGGAGGCGAGGAGCUCGAGCUCGGACCGCUUUGCGGCGUUUGUUCGGCAGCGGGUGGAUUCCCAGAGCUGAUCUCAAGUGAAGAUCACCCACUGUCCUAAUUGCACUCCUGCCUUUUGUCCCUGACCACCAUCACCAUGCCUCGGGGUCAGAAGAAUAAGCUCAACACCCCUGAGAAACGCCACCAGGCCCCAAGUGGGACCCCUGGUCUGAAGGGUGCUCAGGCCACUGCAACCAAGAAAGAGUCAUUCUCCUCUUCACCUUCACCUCCUUGUGGAAUUCUGAGUCAGAGAAAGCCUGGUGCUAAGUCACACAGCACUCUCAAGAGGCCUCAGCGAGAUCUGUCCACUACCACUCUGUCUGCAGGUGUUUCUCACACAAGAUCAUACAAAGGAGCCAAUGGCAAAAUUGGGAAAGAGCAAAGCUCCUCUCAGGCCCCUCUCUCCAUUGUGCAGUCUCAAAGAGACCGUCUAACCAAAACAACGAAUAUAUUGGUGGAGUUCCUGAUGCACAUGUAUAAAAGGAAAAAGCCCGUGAUGAAGGCAGAUAUGCUGAAGAUUAUUAAUAAAAAGUACAAAAGUCGAUUCAUUGAGAUCCUCAAAAGAGCUUCUUUCAGCAUGGAGGUAGUAUUUGGCAUUGAUUUAAAGGAAGUCGACCCUACCAAGCAUUCUUACAUCCUCGUCAGCAAAAUGAGCCUCCCCAACAAUGGGACAGUCAGUCGUGGCAGGGGGUUUCCCAAGACAGGUCUCCUGAUGAAUCUCCUGGGUCUGAUCUUCAUGAAGGGCAACUGUGCCACUGAAGAAAAGAUCUGGGAAUUCCUGAAUAAGAUGAGGGUCUACGCUGGGAAGAGGCACUUCAUAUUUGGGGAGCCCAAGAAGCUCAUCACCCAUGAUUUGGUGAAGCUGAAGUAUUUGGAAUACCGGCAAGUGCCCAACAGCAAUCCAGCACGCUAUGAGUUCCUGUGGGGUCCAAGAGCCCAUGCUGAGACCAGCAAGAUGAGAGUCCUGGAGUUUUGGGCCAAGAUUAACAAUACGGUCCCCAGUGCCUUCCAGUCUUGGUAUGAAGAGGCUUUGAGAGAUGAGGCAAAGAGAGUCCAAGCCACAGUUACCGCAAGGGCUGACGCCAAUGCCAUGGCCAGGGGAUGUUCCAGUGUUCUAUCCAGCAGCUCCUCCCACACCUACUGAAGUCAAGGCAGAUUCUGCACUUUGUGGUUGAAGAGAGUAUUCAGUGGUCCAGGUCACUGAGGGAACAACAGUGUGUAAUACCUUUGUGUUCCUCUUCAUCCUGUAUGGGGAAUUUGGAGAUAUAUCUGUGUUUUUAUUUUUUGCUAUUUUUCAAAUGUUACUUGUAAAUGAAGGUUUACUUAGCUAGCAUUAUAAUCUAAAUUUAUGAAUUGUAUUAGUCACAUUUACUGUUUUUCAUUGGGUUAAAGAGUAAGAGUUUUGAUCUUUUGUAAAACAAAUUUAGAAAACUUCCAUCUUAUUUUGUAAACUGGUGCAAGGUACCAUGGCUUUGCAAUACGCAUUUCCUUGAAAAUGUGGGAAAAAAAUUAAGCAGUAAAGUAUGUGAAAUAAAGAAAGAAAAGGUAGAGUUCCA